AUGCCAUCCAACAUACCCGGCGCCACAGACGACGACAUCUUCCACGAGCCAGACUGGACCAAAACCCACAGUCACCGCAUCGGGCUGUACAAUCGCGACGAUCGCUUCCCAGGUCUGACGCAUGCCGGAGACGAUUGGAGAGCUGAGCUGGAGGAGGAGGCGGAGGAGAAGAUCAAGCAGUUGAGGGAGAAGGUUGAGAGGGGAGAGUUGCUUACUGUGAGGGAUUAUUUGGCGAAGCAGCAGGACUUUCAUCUGCGACGUCCGGAAGUACACCCCGAGCAUUGGAGAUAUGUUCUCCACACAACGGAGAAUCAUAUCAAAGAGGAGCAGCCGUGGUUGAUCAACGAGAAGAAGAGAAAAGAGGCAGAGACCAAGCAGCGAGAGCAGCAGCGGCGACAGGAUAGCGGGAUAGAAAUAGACGGCGCCGCUCACCCAGAGGACGAGAGCAAGAAGUACACACCCGAAGAGCAGGCACUCCUAGAUAGCCUGCUCAAAGAACGCGAGCAUUUCUUAGCCAUCAAACCCAACGACGGAAAGGGGUCAUCGCCAUUCAAGACAGGAUACUACGAGCCAGCCGAGAUCGACGAGACCGACCAGCUCACCCCAGACAACUGGGUCCCCCGCUCAGGCAACCUGAUCCGACUAACAGGGAAGCAUCCGUUGAACGGGGAGCCGCCGCUGACGCAGCUGGUAGACGCAGGGCUCAUCACGCCGAACUGGCUGCACUUCGUGCGCAGCCACGGACCCGUGCCGCACCUGCUGUGGGAGAACCACAAGCUGGAGAUAUCGGCGGGGCGGUCGCUGACGGUGUUUAUGGAUGAUUUGCGGGAGAAGUUUGACAGCGUUAAUAUCCCUGUUAUUCUGGCUUGUGACGGGAACCGCAGGAAGGAGCUGAACAUGAUCAGACGGUCGAAGGGCUUCAACUGGGGGCCUGGCGGUGUUAGCUGCGCGUACUGGAAGGGUGCGCUUCUGCGAGACGUGCUUUUGAAAGCUGAUAUCAUGGCCUCAAUAGAGGAGCAUAAGAACGAGACGCUGUGGGUGAACUUCCAGGGAUCGGAGAACCUCAGCGAAGGAAAGUACGAAACGUGUCUCUCGCUGGACUACGUCAUGGAUCCCACGAACGACGUGCUGCUAGCCUACGAGAUGAACGAUCGCCCCUUGCCCCCAGACCACGGGUACCCUGUGAGACUUCUGGUGCCGGGCUUUGUCGGAGGGCGCAGCGUCAAGUGGCUGGGGAAGAUCUGGAUCACAAACAAGGAGAACGACAGUCACUACCAUGUGUACGAUAACCGCGUGGUACCGAGCUUCGUCACGGAUCGAUACACGGAGAUCGGAAAGGCGUUGUAUAGUCAUCCUAGUACGGCGUGCAUGGAGCAGGUGCUGAACUCUGUCAUCGCGCGGCCUGAACAAGGGGAGAAGCUGGAUGUGGCUGAUAUCUCUCGCGGCAAGAGCACAUAUAAACUGCAGGGAAUUGCGUAUAAUGGUGGUGGGAUGGAAGUUCAGAGAGUGGAGGUCAGUUUUGACGGAGGAAGCACAUGGCUGUACUGUAUUCGUCAGUACCCCGAUAAACCACUGCGACAUGGCAGGAAAUACUGGCCUUGGCUCCAUUGGCAUUUGGACAUCGACGCCGUGCGGUUCCUGCGAGCAGAUAGCAUCAUGGUACGGUGCUGGAACGCGAACAAGAACACCCAGCCCGAGAAGGCAACAUGGAACCUGGAAGGAAUGAUGAACAACUGCAUCUACACAGUAAAAUUAGAACUAGUAUCAGACUCCGAGACAGGAAAGCAGUAUAUCAUGUUCCGACACCCCUGCGAACCAGGCACCGGUCAGGGCGGGUGGAUGAAGCCGUCUGCAGAAGACCAAAUGGAGGACAUGAAACGCGACGGGUCGACUCCGGAUAAACAGUUCACUCGCGAGGAAAUCGAGAAGCAUAGAUCUGCUGAUGACUGCUGGAUUGUGGUUAAUGGGAAAGUUUACGACGUUACUAGUGUGCUUAGUUGGCAUCCUGGGGGCAGCGCUUCCAUUAUGCCCCAUGCGGGACGUGUCCAUGCUGAGACGACGGAGGAAUUUGAGAGUAUCCACGAUGAUUAUGCCCACGAGAAACUACAAGGUGAGCAUGUCUUCUAUGCGUGGUGCGAACGUGCUGACCGGAUGUACGCAGAAUGUAUCAUUGGCGUGGCGACGCAGAAGACACUGGACUUUAUCAAGUAUGAGGAAGAGCAGAAAGCCAAAGAAAGGGCAGAAUCAAUACAGAAAGAUUCUUCUAUCGCAUUGCGACGCCACAAAUGGGUCCAGGCCAAGCUCAUCUCCAAGAAUCGCCUUUCCGAGGACACAAGCUGUUACACCUUCGCCCUUCCCUCCAAGGACCAAAAGCUAGGUCUCGCAACGGGCCAGCAUCUUUUCAUCGGGUUCCACUUCAAAGACCGCAUGGUCUUCCGCUCGUACACGCCGACGAGACCGGUAUCCGCAGAGGAAGAAGACGGCACCUUUGACCUAGUGGUCAAGACGUAUAGUCCCAGCCCCGCCCAGCCAGGAGGCACCAUGAGCAACAUCCUCGAUUGUAUCGAGAUCGGCGAAGAGGUCGAAAUCAAGGGGCCAACGGGCGAGAUCCAGUAUGAGGGAAAUGGCAAGUUCCUCCUCGAUGGCAAAGAGCGCACCUUUGACAGGAUCACACUUGUCCUCGGAGGGUCCGGCAUCACUCCCGGUUACCAAGUGCUCUCUCGCAUUUUGAAAUCGGGCGGAAAAGACAAGACGAGAAUCCGUGUGGUCGACGCCAACAAGACUGAACAGGAUAUCUUACUGCGCGGGGAGCUGGAUCGGUUUGCCCAGCUGUAUCCGGAUCAGUUUGAGGUUACCCAUGUGUUGUCGGACCCUGAUAAAUCCUGGAAGGGUGAGAAGGGCUUUGUUAAUAAGGAUAUUCUGCACCGGUAUUGCUUCCCGCCUGAUGAAAAGAGUAUUGCGCUUCUCUGUGGCCCUCCGGGAUUGGUUCAGCAUGCGGUGUUGCCUGUGCUGUUGGAAUGGGGGUACAGCCAGGAUCACAAUCUCUUUGGAUUCUAG